UGUUGCUUCAAUGCUUUACAAAUCUUCAUUAUACAAGUCCAUUGCAGGUAAUUUAAAUAGUCAUUGUCGUAAAUCCACUGCGUUUACGAUUACUUUUCUUAUUGGAGCUACCUCAAUUAUCUUCUAUUCAGAUCGGAUUUUGGCUCCUUCAGCUUCUCUUGAACCAAGAACAAGUUUACAAUGUCGGAUGUUGCGUUCAUCGAAGGUGGUGUGGAGUGUACACCACUCCACAUCACUUCACUUCAUCAGCAGAUUGCAGAUGAAGGUAUAUCUACAGGAAGACAGGAUUCCUAUCCACUUCACUUUGCUGCUGCUCAUUCUUCCGUCACGACGUUUAAGUACCUAGUUGAAAAAGCUUGUAGCCUGAAAUCGGCACAACAUGAGUUGAUGAGACUUCGAGACAAUGAAGGUUUUACGCCACUCCAUUCAGCUGUCAGCAGUGGGUCACUUGAAAUGGUUGAAUGUUGUCUACAAUAUGGUUCUCCUAUUGAAUUAACAGAGAAUACAGGUCACACCGCUUUGCAUAUGGCAUGUGCUCAGGGCUCACCGAAUAUUGUAGAAAUACUGCUGAAUAGUGAGGAUGGGUGUAAGGUCAUUGACCAUAAAAGUUUUGUAGGCCAAACAGCUCUGCAUACAGCAGCAAAAUACAAUCACAUUGACGUUGCAAAAGUAUUAAUUAAACGGGGAUGCAAACUAGAUGAGAAGGAUAACGAUGGAUUGACACCGCUGUUACUAGGUUGCUUUAUGGACAGCUGGCAAACAUCAUGGUUGUUACUAGAACACGGUGCUUCUCUAACCAAUACUGACGCCAAAGGACGCAAUCUAUUGCAUUUUGUUGUGUACAAGGCAUCGACAAUCAUUAGCAUGCCGAUAUCUCUUUAUAAGUCAGUCGAAAGGAACCUUUCUAGUCUGGUGAACGUUCAAGAUAUAGAUGGAAAUUCUCCAUUACAUUGUGCGGUGGAAUACGGAGGCAGUAAUCAAGUGCAUAGAAUGCUUUAUCUCGGUGGAGCCCCAUGGUUACAUAACAACCAGCUUCAGACGCCAUUUCACAUUGCAGCAGCUCUUGGUCGAAGUGACUGCAUACAGAUUAUGAUGAAAACACCAUCGAAGUUAAGCAUUAAUCAGGUUGGUCUAAGAAAUCAGACGCCUGUCCACCAAGCUGCCGGCAAUGGCCAUGUAGAAGUCGUCAGAAUUCUGCUAAAAUCAGGGGCAAUUACACGAGGUGAUUUGUUUGGACAAACACCUUUCCAUGCAUCUGCAAAGGGUGGCCACACAGAAGUGGCACGAGAACUACUUACUCUGAGAUCACGUUCAAUGCUGAAUGAACUAGACAAAUUGGGGAACACUGCACUUCAUCUUGCCGCAAUGGAGGACCAUCCACACAUGGUAUCGUUCUUGUUGACAGAGCACGCUCAAUUAAUUCCGAAUGCAAAAGGAGACUACGUUUUUGACGUGGCGACUGACAGUUUAAACAGAAAAGCAACAAUUGCACUCACAUUACAUGACAGGUGGUGUUGCGCUUAAUUAAAAAAAAAAAAAUUAAA